CAGUGGAGGGAUUGGCAGAGAGGGAUGGAGGACACUGAGUGGAGGCCAGUGGAGGGAUUGGCAGAGGGGGGGGAGGAAACUGAAUGGGGACCAGUGGAGGGAUUGGCAGACACUGAGUGGUGGGCAGUGAAGGGAUUGGUAGAAAGGGGUGGCAGAUACAGAACGGUUAGUAAGGUGGAUGAGUCUGGCAGCAGCAUUCAUGAUAGAACGAAGAGGGGAUAGCCAGCGGUGAGGACAGCCAAUGAGGAGGAAGUUACAAUAGUCAAGGCGAGUGAAAGGACAGAUGAGAGUCUAGGAUUACACCUAGU